AUGUCAGGUAAAAGAAAGCGCAGCAAAGGCGGAACUAAGCACAAGGUUCGCUGUGACGACAUGCAGGUCAUGUCUAAUGCCAUUAUUCGACAUCUGGCCCGUCGUGGCGGCGUCAAGCGUAACUCCGGUCUGAUCUACGAGGAGACCCGUGCUGUGCUGAAAGUGUUCCUAGAGAACGUUAUCAGGGAUGCAGUUACCUACAUCGAGCACGAGAAGAGGAACACCGUCACCUAUUUGGAUGUGAUUUUUGCUCUGAAAUGCCAGGCACCACUCUUUUGGGUUAAACUUCGAUAUCAAACAACACGAAACCACCGGCACUUAUUAGAGCCAACCAUAUCAUAA